AAGCUGUAAAAACCCAUGCAACGUGUUUUGCAGGCACUAGCUAGACUGUCACACCAGAAGUUUGAUCAACGCAGUUCUGAAAACACUCCAUAGUACAGCCACAGCAUAGGCAGUGCGAGAGCGAUAGCCAAAGAUAAAAGGUUACCAGAACACCUUGGCAACAAACUGACUCUGUAACGUUUAGACAGCCAGUACACUACGUGUCUCAGGCUUUAAUACAACCUCCAGAAAUCACCUCGGACUCUUAGAAGAUGGCAGCCUCCGCAGAAGAGCUGAAGUGCGACACUCAAGCAUUAAGUGACCGCGUGCAGCCCCUGCUAACCGACUUGUACCAAUUUACCAUGGCUUACAGCUACUGGAAAUGUGGCAAAGCAAACGACAGUGCAGUAUUCGAAAUCUUUUUUCGAGAAAAUCCAUUUGGCGGCGAGUACGCACUCUUCGCUGGACUAACAGACUGCCUUCAAUUUCUCAGUAACUUCCAGUACACGCAAGAAGAUCUGGAUUACCUUGAGUCAGUUCUUCCAUGCACAGUGGAGAAAGAUUUUUUUGAAUAUUUGAAAACUGUAGAUGCUUCAGAGGUGGCUCUGCGCUCAGUCCCUGAAGGGUCGGUUGUCUUUGCCAGAGUUCCAUUGAUUGAAGUCCAAGGCCCUUUGCUGGUUGUACAGUUACUAGAAACAACACUGUUGUGCUUAGUGAAUUAUGCCAGUCUUGUGGCUACAAAUGCUGCCAGGUUUCGAAUAGCAGCAGGACCAGAUAAGAAGCUAAUAGAAUUAGGUCUGAGGAGAGCUCAAGGUCCAGAUGGCGGACUGUCUGCAUCACGUUACUCUUAUAUUGGUGGGUUUGACAAAACAAGCAAUGUUCUGGCUGGGAAACUCUAUGGAAUUCCAGUAACUGGAACUGUGGCUCACUCUUUCAUUUCAUCUUUUAACAGUAUGGUGGAUGUGAAGCCUCGGACCCUGAAGCCUGCAACAGGAGAUAAAGUUGCGGAUCUUGUGUCUCUGUGUGAAAACUUGUUACCUUAUGUGUGCCACUUACUGAAAGUCCCUCUGGAAAGGUUAAAUCAGGGAGAACUAGCUGCCUUUAUAUCAUAUGCAAUCAGCUUCCCAAAGAACUUCCUUGUCUUGGUGGAUACAUACAAUGUCAUGUGGAGUGGAGUUCCAAAUUUUUGCACUGUGGCAUUGGCUUUGGCAAAGCUGGGUUAUCAAGCUGUUGGUAUUCGACUUGAUAGUGGAGACCUUGCCCAACAGUCUGUGGUGAUCCGCAGAAUAUUCCAGACCUGCAGCAUUGAAUUCCAGUUUCCCUGGUUUAUGUCUUUGUCCAUCACUGUCAGCAACAACAUAAAUGAGAAAAGUUUGCUUCAAUUCAACCAGCAGGAAAAUUCCAUUGAUGUAAUUGGAGUAGGAACACACCUAGUGACUUGUCCAUUGCAGUCCUCUCUGGGAUACGUCUGUAAGUUGGUCGAACUGAAUGGAAGCCCUAGGAUAAAACUGACUGAAGAUACAAAUAAAAUUACACUACCAGGCAGAAAAACAGUAUAUCGGCUCUUUGAUGCCAGUGGUCACUGUUUCCUGGAUCUCCUAGCUUUAAAGGAUGAACCCUCUUUAGUAGUUGGACAAGAAGUUGAAUGUCAAAUGCUGGGUAAAGGUGAAGGUUCUGUCCGAAUUGUUGUAUCCAGAGUGGAAACCAUGCACCAGGACUACUUCAGAGAGGCAAAGAUUUGCAGUCCACUUCCCAGUGUAAUGGAUGUACGGGAAUAUUCACAAUGUUCUCUACUUAUGCUUGGUGAGGAACACAAGCGGCUUAGCAAACCAAAGCCAUACAAGGUUGCUAUUACAGAAAAACUGUACCGUCUUUUGAACAACUUCAAAAUUGCCAAUGGAUCCAGCCAUAUUUGACCUCUUUCCUUAACUUAGAUGCAGCUGUUGCAAUAUAGUCUAAUACUGCAUCAGAAACAAAAGCUGCUACCACAGUGGGACUUCAGAGGAGCUGAUGGUUUCUAAUCUUGGCUAUAAAUAACUCAACAUUUAUUGCACAUAAUUGCCUAAUCAAGAUUGUAAAACAGUAAAAAAAAUUACAUUUCCAGGACUAACCUAGUGACCAUAUUGGUUCUAGUUAUUCAGCAGAUAGAUACAAAGUGAUAUGACACUUGAGGACUGAAUGAAUGAGUGUGCUCUGUGGCAUGACAUUUAAUGCUGUAGUAGAUGUUAAGUGCAGCAAGACAAAUGCUGUACCAAUAAUGGCUAAUCAGAGCACUGAUGUGAGCAGCUUAUGCUUCCCCUGAUGACUUCAGAAACCAUAUUUGACUGCUGAUUUAUUGAUUAUAUGUGUUCUUAAUUCUGCCUUGCUUUGUGUAUUAAGAAAAGUAAUACAGCAUGGACUAUAUUUUGUGCAUUUCAGCUGUUGCAAAUGUUUAUUGAAAAGAUAAAUGAUAAUAGCACAAACAUCAGCAUCAUCUUCUUCUGUGCUGUAAGAGAGCAAGUAGUCCUACAAUAUCCAGUCACUGGGUGGCAAUCAAGUUGAGAAGUUCUGAGAAGCUUCUGUAUAGAACAUUCUCCCCGAUCCUUAACAAUUUAUGUGGCAUUUAAGUAUUCCUGUUGUUAUGUGCUUUUUAACAUAUACAGGAUUUUUCACUUAGCACCAGAGUUUGUAAGUCGCAUUUGUAAUGAAUAACUGUGUAAUUUUGAUAAGUUUUCUAAUGUUUUUCCAGUAUUAAAUAUAUUCUUAUUCAAAGUAAAA